UGAUAUCCGCAGGUUGAGGGGGAGUCAUAUCCCCGUCUGCACGGUGCAGAUGUGCGCAGCACAGGCUCGGAGAGCGUCCAAGAGCUUGAGUCGGAGGAGAAGACCGGUGAGCGAGUGAUUUAUGUAAACAGCGACGCGUCGGUGUCGGUGUCCAUUGCGAAGUUCACGGUGGACGAGGACUGCCGUCCAUCUUCUUCGAGAGGGCCAAAGAAACGCAGACAGCAAGCAGCAAGAGCAAGGCCGUGUGAUCAAGAACGCGACUGAGUUACAGCACGCAGCGAGGGACUGCGCAGAACGCCUAUCGAAACGAGAAAAGUCUAGAAACUUGAAGGAAGAUAGUCGCCGGUAUUUGGAAUCAAAGGCCCCUCAGCUUGGAUGAGAGGCGGUGUGAACUCGUCGAUUCUGCAAGAAAAUGGCCAAGGACGAAGACAUGAGAAGAGCGAUUGCGUUCGCUUGGGAGCCUCGAUACGAAUCAACUCCGCCGUGGCACGCGAGAUGGGCCCCCCGGGCCACCUCCCGCCUAGCCGACGCAAAUAUCGCGUCCUCUGGCCCACCUCGUCGUCAGCACCGUCUAGAAAAAUCUCCUGGUGGUUCCAGCCGCUAUUUCCCGCUCAGCGUAUUUUCGUGUCUGGUGGCAGAGAGUAUGCUGUGAUUGUGGCCAGAGUCAAGCCGUCCGCCCUUCUGAGUCUGGCCAAGCGCGUCGCCCCAUCGCCCGAGUCUCCUCCCCUACACACUGGCGACAAUACCACGGGCCCUCACCGAAGAACCCUUCAAACGACAAAGCGACAAACUCCGGUCGCCUAUGGUCUCUGGAUCCUACUGCCUGCUUUCGCUUCAAGUGACAUGAAGAUCCCCCUCCGCGCUGGACCAACUCUGUCAAUGUUGCGACCAUCUUCGCCGAUUCGGCGGCUACAAACGUCUUCUCUGGCAUGUCACGCUCAGAUAUGGAUCCUCCAGGAUGCACCAUUCUUCCCUACGGUAUCCUCGGCACGAUUCCACUUGAGGCCUCAGAAGUGGCAGGCGACGAGUGGGAAGGACGCGGAGAGCUCAGAGUAACAGCGCGAGGGAUCGAUAUCUGAUUCGAGACAUACUACGGUUCAUCAGAGGCCCAAGUCGACGCGGACACGGCUACAGAAUGCCAGACUAUGCCAAAACCAAUGCGUCAACGUUGCAAACAUCACGGGCCUGACCGAC